AUGGCGAAAUCUUGCACCUUAGCACUUCUUGGCGCACUGGUGGCGCUCUCACUCCUUGUGAGCCCCAUUGCUUGCUCCCGCAAGCUCGCCACCAAGCAAGCCAGCUACAAGCCUGCACCUGCAGCCAAGGCCAACAAAAACCAGACCACGUCUGCCGCCGCCUACAGCUCCGGCGGCUGGUUGGCCGCCGGCGCGACGUAUUACGGCACACCCAACGGCGACGGAAGCGACGGUGGCGCGUGUGGCUACCAAAGCGCUGUCGGGCACCGGCCGUACUCGUCGAUGAUCGCCGCCGGGAGCACGCCGCUCUUCUUGGGAGGCAAGGGCUGCGGCGCGUGCUAUCAGGUUAAAUGCACGGCCAACAAGGCGUGCUCCGGCAAUCCUGCCACCGUCGUCAUCACCGACUUGAGCCCCGGCGGGCUCUACCCCGGCGAGCCGGCCCAUUUCGACAUGAGCGGCACGGCCUUGGGCGCCAUGGCCAAGCCUGGCAAGGCCGACGCACUCCGUGCCGGCGGUGUCCUCAGAAUCCAGUACAAGAGGGUGCCAUGCAAGUACCCUGGCGUGAACAUCGCCUUCAGGGUGGACCAGGGCUCGAACCCGUUCUACUUCAAGGCCCUGAUCGAGUUCCAGGACGGCGACGGCGACCUGAAGCGCGUCGCCCUCAAGCAGGCCGGCAGCAACCAGUGGACGAACAUGGUGCAGGACUGGGGCGCGUUGUGGCGCCUCAACAACGGCCAGCGGCUGCGCGGGCCAUUCUCGAUCAAGCUCACCUCCGACUCCAACAGGGUCCUCGUCGUCAACAACGUCAUCCCGGCCAACUGGAAGGCCGGAGCGACCUACCGCUCCUUGGUCAACUACCCCUACUAAAUUAUUCUGCUUGCAUUUCCACUGCACAGUCAAACUGCAGCAUUUGCCAGGAAUGAAGUGCAGUGCAGGCCGGGUGUGGUAAUUAUAUAAGGGACAGCCGUGUGUGAAUUUAUAUACCGCGGGAAGAAAAAAUGUGCGUCCGGGUGCUGUGACAGAGGCGCUGCCAGAAGGAGGAGGAGGAGGUUACCGAAAUCGAGUUCUUCCCUCCAUGGCCUCUGCAUUCCCCUAGUGAUGUAUAUCAUCGAUGUGUCUGUAUUAUUUUUUUCUCUUUUGUUCCUCUGUUUUGUAAUUUCGUUGUUGAGGAGAAGCUAUAGUUCGGACAGCAGCUAAAGUUGCAUGCCGAUGUACCAAGUUGUGUGUUCUUUUUUUACCACGCAAUCCUUGAGAGAAAUGAAUCGUUACUGCCACUUGCUCUUUUA